GGGCGGCGGCGCUGGAAGGGGGCGGGGGAGUGGGCUCGAGUCUGCUUCGGGAGGUGUGGGACAGAGGCAGCCUUUUUUAUUAUUAUUAUUAUUGCGCUAGUUUCCUGCCUCCGCCUCUUUCACUCCUCCCCUCCCCCCGCCCCCGGCAAUCCCGCUAGACUCUCCCCGUCCUUUUCUUACUCUUGGUUUUGCUGCAUCCCAUUGCCCCCGAGUCCACCAUGGCUCCUUCCUUCUUUCGGACUAGUAAGAACCGAUCCAGCCGGGACGACGAGGAUUUCUUCGAGGCCAAAGGGGACAGGAAGGCAAGGAAGCCGCUGGUGGAGAAGAAGCGGCGGGCGCGGAUCAACGAGAGCUUGCAAGAACUACGGAUGAUCUUGGCUGACACGGAGUUCCAGGCGAAGAUGGAGAAUGCCGAGGUGCUGGAGCUGACGGUGAAACGGGUGCAAGGCAUUCUGCACAGCAGAUCCUUAGAUAGUGACAAACUACAGCGGGAGGCCAGUGAGCGCUUUGCAGCUGGAUACAUUCAGUGCAUGCAUGAAGUUCAUACAUUCAUCUCUAACUGCCCUGGGAUUGAUUCUACCAUUGCAGCGGAGCUCUUGAAUCACCUUCUGGAGUCGAUGCCUCUGAACGAAGGCAGUUUUCAGGACCUGAUAGUGGAUGUCUUAUCAGAUCCCUCCAUCAGCCAGUGGUCUAGCAGCGAUGGGCUCUCUCAAAUGACUGGGGAAUCACCUGGAGCUUUAAACCUGCCCAGUCCCACUUCAUCUUCCUCCAGUGAAGAGAUUUGCUCUGACCUGGAAGACACGGAGGCUGAGCAAAGCCACAUCUCUUUGGAUGGACUGGAAAGGUCUAGGACGCAAAAUGUGCCUUCCUCCAGCCUUUCCAAAUGUAUGUGGAGACCUUGGUAAUAAAGAAACUGCGCAGGAAUCAACGAAGAUCUACCUAAUAGGGAGAAUACUUGAGCACUGUGUUCUUCUAGCCAUUGGAAUAGAGACGGUGAGGAUUUCAGAUGGUGCAUUUGUGUCCUAAUGUUACUGUUAUUUCAAGACUGUAUAGAUGGCACUCUGACACUGUCAGAUCCUGACAGGCUAAAUAGCUGAAUGUGUUAACAUUUCAUCUGUGAGUGUGAGGUGAAUUUUGAAAGUCUUGGUUUCUUUUUUAUUAUUAAGGGUGUGGGGUAAAAGGGAUGGAAGUAUGGAAGUAGAGCUCUUUUGUUGAUGCACAACAGUGUUUUGCAAUGUAUCCUUUUUGUUUUGCAAUGUAUCCUGCAAUGUUUCCUUUUUUUUGGUCCUUAUAAGUGACCCAGAUAUCACUACCUUUUUUCAAUUAGGAAAACUCCCAUGUGCAUCUGAAAACCUUGUGGUUUAAUACCAGUGAAAAGUAUGAAGUUAAGCAGCUGUGCACAAUUUCAAAUGUUCUAGUGAUAGCAUUUUUUAAAAUUUUUUUUAAAAAAGGAAAAUCCCUGAAAGGGAUUGGUGAAGCUAGUCUCUUGAUGAGUUUAGUGGUCUAGGAUUUCUCCUUCAGUGAAGGAAGAGGAAACUAGAAGCCAGACUGGAAUUAGGUGAGCAUUUAAAAUACUGGUGGCAGGGUGCCUUUUAGAAAAGUGUCUUAUGCACAUCUAGGACAUUUGAAUUUAUUGUGGUAUGUAUAUUAGCUUGUCAAAUGUUUUGUUUUAAUCUUUUUUAAAAUAAAAACAACUAAAUUCACCCAUGAUUGCAUGUAUUUUCAGGUGUGAUACUUCUGCUCUAGAAAUUCUGUUCCAUGUUAGCAAUUCAGAAAUAUGUAUCCUUGAGUGCAAACAUUGUAAUUAAGCACUUAAUUAUUGUACUGAACUUGUCUGUUCAAGUGUGGGAAGUUGGAAUGUUUCAUUUGUUUAGGAUUCUUGGGCUAACACAGUGAUAAUGUUUCCGAUUUUGGCACACUAAAUUCUUGGAUUUGAUUAUGUGACUUCCAGUUUUUAGAAGUUGACAUUCAGUUUGUCAUUACUAAGCCUUAAAAAAAGCAACAUUGGCAAUAAUGUAAAAAAAAUAACAACAAAUGGCUUAGUAAGGGUUUGAACAAUUUGAACACUUUCUUGGUUUGAAUGGAAAACAUUGAAUAACAUGCAAUGGAUUCAGAAACUCAAAAGAUCUUCUAUGAUGGGCUGUAGCUUCAGCUUUUCUCCACACAAAACAGAUCUUCUUUUUUUGAAGAUGUGUGAGCUGUUUGUGCUGUUACCUUUCCAUAGAGAUAUUGUUGUAAUAAAGACCUAUGCUGUAAAAUUACUUAACACAAGAAAGUGUCCCAGCAUAGCAAAAGGAAGGGGUAAAGGUAAGGUAGAGGGGCUAGCUAUGUAAUCUUCCUUUUUGUUAACCAUGUGGAAUAAUAAAAGUGGAAACAAA